CGUUGAAUGAGACGUCAACGUGUUUCUUCAAGGCUGCCGCGACGCCAGCCUCCACCACCAAUAUCCGCCGCCGCUCUCCCCCCACGCGAUGCUUACCGGCUGAGAACCAACUCCCAAGGCCACGGUCCCGGCCCGUCCGAUUUAGUAGCAGAGCAGUGCUGCUGUCCAGAGAAUGGCGUUUGAACAGGUCCGCGGAGCCUCUGUCUCCCCGACAAGCUCUGGCCGCGAGUCCCCCAUCCCUCGCCAAUGGAGAAACCAACUAGGAGCCGACGACUCCCCAAAAGACAAGCACUUUCGCAAGUAUGCCGCCAACGUUGAGAGGGCCCUGUCCCUCUUCGAGACGGCGCUGCAAGAAUGGGCCGAUUACAUCUCGUUUCUGAACAGGCUUCUCAAGGCCCUCCAAUCCCGAACAAGUGCCAUCACGACCGUCCCCUCCAAGGCCCUUGUCGCAAAGCGCCUGUCGCAAUGCUUGAACCCCACGCUUCCCUCUGGUGUCCACCAGAAGACCCUCGAGGUCUAUCACUACAUCUUCACCGUGAUAGGGAAAGAUGGUCUUUCCAGAGAUCUCCCCCUCUAUCUGCCUGGUCUGGCCUCCACUCUGUCCUUCGCCUCACUCUCCGUGAGAUCGCCCUUUCUCGACCUGCUUGAGCGCCAUUUCCUGGACCUCAACCCGCGCUCUCUGCGGCCAGCACUAAAGUCGGUGGUGCUGGCCUUGCUCCCUGGGCUUGAAGAUGAGACGGCGGAGGACUUCGAGCAGACACUUAAGCUGAUGGACCGCUUCAAGGUUGCCAUCCGGCCGCCAAACAGCGAGGAAAUAACGACUGCGCAUUCCUCUGGCGACUCGUUCUUCUGGCAGUGCUUCUUUUUAGCCUCCAUCACCAGCCAAAGCAGGCGGGGUGGUGCUUUGGCUUAUCUUAUUCGUAACCUGCCAAGUCUAGGCCACCCAUUAGCCCCUGAGACCAGCCAGUCCGGCGAGCGCGAGGACGAGGCUGUCCCGGAUUCUGCACUCAAGAUCGCACAGCUAGUUACCUCCCCUGAGCCCGGGCUUUUACUACGCUGCUUCGCCGCCGGUCUCGCCGACGAAAACCUGCUGAUCCAGCGAGGCUACCUCGAUUUGCUGGUAACUCACCUUCCUCUGCAUUCGAAGGUGCUUCAAGCACGUGUGAAGCCCACGGAUCUCGAGCUACUUCUCAGAGCAGCCGCUGGAGUCGUCACCCGGCGAGAAAUGAGUCUCAACAGGCGCCUAUGGGCGUGGCUGCUGGGACCGGAGCCUACGGCUGGAGCGUUUGAUUCCGAGAAUGUGCCCGAAUCCCCGAGCUCCUUGUCAGAACAUCACGCUGGCCACUCGACGCCCAAGGCAGACUACUUCGAAGAGUACGGACUCCAAGCCCUGAGCCGGUCGUUGCUGGCUAUGAUCAAGGCAAGUGAGCAAGGGGCCCCGGCUGAUAGGGCACGCCCUUAUCGCAUAUGCCUCUCGCUUAUGGACCGCUGGGAAAUUGGAGGCCUGGUUGUCCCCGAAGUUUUUCUACCCAUCGUCGACAGUGUGCGCAAAUACAAGGCCAAGGCGCCGUCCAAGCUAGAUUUCGGCGAAGUGCUCCGGAGCGCGAGCGUCUUCUUCGAUGGCGUCGAGAGCGGCCUGAUUUACGGCGAGCUACUCGGCCUUUUGGCGCCUGCCCUCGGACCUGGUACCCUAGAGUCUGCCGAGCGUAGCGACAGGCUUGCCCUGGUCAAGUUCGUGCUCACGCACUUCAACGUGAGGGAAGAGGAGAUGAUAACAAUCCACGCUCCUUUGACUACACUGUCGAUCCUCUGCAUGCUAGAGGAAGCAAGGAACCGGCUGGCAGCUUCGGGUGAUGCCGAGGAGAGCGAUUCAAUAUCUGCCAAGGCUCUCGGAAUCGCGGGCGACCUGCUGGAACUUGUUCCCGAGCGCGCGUUCCUACCAUCGGAAGUCAAGGCAAACUCUGACGGUGCCCAAGACACACCAAAAACAGUGGAUAUCCUGAAAAGGAUCAAGGGCUUCUACGUAAACGACCAGGGGAGUCUGGAGGCGACUUCGGCCCCCUUUUCAGGCCAGAGAGUAGGCGAAUUGCUGUUGCAGAAAGCGUGCAGCCUGAACUGCGAGGCACUCCAUGAGGAGAACCAAGGGACUGCGAUUGGGAUCAAGAGUCGCAUCCUGCUCCUUCUCUUGAACAAGGCGCCGGCCCAGGCGCCCUUCAAGGACAAAAAUCUCCUCAAUGCCGUACACGACCGCCUCGCCACACGCCCACCACUCGACUUUGUCACAUUCUCAUCCCUCCUAUCUCUCACAACUCUUCUCUAUUCCUCGAGCCGCGUCUCGCAGAUCGAGCUUUCCGAGAUAGUCCCCAAGCUGGUGCGGCAUGCUUGGUUCUAUCUCUCUGCGCCGGAGCCAAAGUACCAUGUUGAGACGGUCCGAGGCUUGUGGCAGCUCCAGACGGCCCUCGGGGCCCAGAAUCGCGACAUUGAGGCCGCAAUCUCGAGUCUAAUAACCCAACAGGCCACCACAGGUGACACCCCUGUCGGCCGCUCGGUCGAUGCUGGGCGCAGCUUCGGCGUCCUCUGGUCACACACUCUACAAGACAACCCUUCCAAUUCUGACCGCAGGGGGCCGAGGACUCCACGGAUUGGCCACGGCGGGGAGUACAAAGGCACUUUUCCCAGGCUUGCCGGCAUGGACCACUACGACGUCAUGCUCACGAGGCCCCUUUUCCUCGUCCUUGAUGCCUUGACUGACGACAGGGGACAGCUCUUCAUGAGCGUGAAGUUCUGGCUCAAUACUCUAAAUGGAGUUGACAAACUCUUUUCCAUCUUUGUUGGCAAGUUCCUAGACCUAGGGUUCUUGCAACUCAACAAAGUGGCAAGUGACGUGUCCAAGACUAUCGAACUCCGAGAGACCGAUGAUUUGAACCUCUGCCUUUAUUAUAUUAGGGGGCUAUCAAAUACCUUGAGAUGGGCGCCGGGAAGUAUCUGGGCUGUGCUCACGAAACACACAGUGUCUGACGAGCCAAGCCAGCAGGAAAUUGAGAAGCACAAUGGAGGAGAGACAAGCAUAUCUUUCCUGCUCUUUUUUAUACAGGUCUGCAUACGAUGCGUCACCUUCGACGUGACGUCGGACGACGAGCAGCCAGACGGCAGAGCGGCACAGCUCUGUCGCUCCGCGCUAGCAAUCCUGCAUCAUAUCCUUGGCAAUCCUUACGCGAUCUCUUUAGCGGAGUUACACCUGGAGGAUAUCCUGCUCGAAAAACUUUCACAGUCGCUCUCUCGAGCGGAUCCAUACAUCCAGGUCCUACUCCUAGAUGUGGUCCUCGCAUCACUCAAGCUACGUGCCACCGUCAUAGUUGACCAACCGCUGUCACCGCUUGCAGCCUCGGAGAAGCGGAUGACUGGCCUCGACCCCACCAGGAGCGGGAGGCCGCCUUCUAACGCAGGCGAAGGACCAUCUCGGCCACGAGGACCACCACAAGCCCUACUAGGCUGUAUACAGGCCGGCCUGAGCUCUCUGAGAAGCCGUAUAGUCCUUGAUAGCUGGGUCAACUUCCUCGGCGACGUCAUCCCCCUAUAUGCAGACUCCAUUUUCCAGGUCCUCAUCCCCCUGGUAGAAACCCUCUGCUCCCAGAUCAGCAACACACUUCUCGGUCUCCAGAAAAUGUUCAAAGACCCCGGUCAGCCCGAGGGCGACGCGGCCACCGGCCCGGAGACAGUCCUCAUAUACCUCCUCAACGCGCUCGAGCAAGUUCUAGCCAAAGCGCACGAUCAGCUACUGCUGGAGGAGGCCAGGGCUUCGGUUACCAAAAGCCCGGAGCAGCCGCAAGGAUUUUUUGGAACCAUUUUCUCGUCUGAUGCGCCGCAGUCCAGGAGCGCUACCGCCAACGACAGACUUACAGUGCUGUUGGCGUUUCAGGAUGCAGUGCGCAUCUGCUUCAAGAUAUGGUCAUGGGGACAGGGGCCGGAGGCGGGGAUGCAGGACAUGGCCUCGGCUUCUUCCUUCAACUACACGUCUCUAAGAAUGAGGAACAGGGCCAGGAGGCUCCUAGAUCACCUGUUUGCCGCCGAAACCCUUCAGUGCAUGGAGACCAUGGUCGAGAUCUGGCGGGGUUCGGGGCCAUCUAUGCCCUUACAACAGCAGCUACAAACAGAAGUGUUUGAUCUUCUCCCCGCCCUCGACAGCUCCCGCCCGAAGCACACGAUCCCGGCCCUCUUCAAUGCCAUCUACAGCAGGGCCAAUCCCGGUGCCCUCGACUCGACACGCAAGUCGAAGCUGACUGUGGAGCUUCAGGACACCGACAUUGUAAUCUUCCUCGUCGAGUACGCCAGGUCGCUAGAGGACGAUGCCAUGGACGAGAUAUGGCAAGAUUGCAUGCUCUUUCUCAAGGACCUCCUCGGGAACCCGUUCCCACACCGUCAAACACUGCCCAGUCUGCUAGAGUUUGCAGCCAUCCUCGGCGAGAAGGUGGACAACACCAACUUUGGAGAGCAGAAGAAGAUGCGGAGGGAAUUAGGAGACCUCUUCCUCCGCCUCCUCACCGCGCUCUUCACGGCAAGGCCCUUGAAUUUCACAGACAUGUCGCCCGAGAAGCCCAAAAGCCCCGAGCUGUCAGAGAGACCCGGAUUCAACACAAGAAGUCCCUUUGAGCGAGCAGACGAUGUCGUGGAGGUGCUGUCCUGCAUUGUUCCCAACCUGACUAAAAUCCUCGUCGAGCCAGACCGUGUCCUGAACGCAGCGGUCGUCAUAUCGACCAACGUGAUCGGCCCAACGUUGCGGUCCAAGGGGUUUCCGGACACCAUGUCUAAAAGCACGAUUGUGCUACUGCAGGAGCUCUCGCGACUGCCGAACAACCAAAAGACGUGGAAGAAGGACGUUGCCGACGCCUUCAACGACACGAGGUUCUUCGGCACCUCCCUAUCCCUCGUGGCCAGCGACUGGCUUCCUCUCCUGCGGCAAUGGGCAGUCAACGACAAGGACAGGAUUCCCGAGAUACUUGGCCGCAUCACACCACCGGCAACAGCCGGCAUCGUGUUCGGGGUCGGCGCCACUUCAGCUCGGCUCGAAGCCGACCGCAGAACCCAGCUCAACAUGCGCCGGAUAGCGGUCCUGGUGCUCGCGUCGGCAUCUGACGCCUUCGUUUCGGAGCUUCCCCAGAUCCUCGAUAAGCUCGUGGAGCUGCUAGGAGCAACCGCAACGUCGUCGCCAUCGUCCACGACAAGGGCGGAACUUUUCAUGGUUGUGCGUGCACUAGUGCUGAAGACGAGCGCGAUCCAUCUGGCGCCGCUCUGGCCCAUCAUCAACGCGGAGCUCCAUGCGGCCAUAUCUUCAGUCGUGACGCCUGACCACAGCGGGCCGUCUGAGACGUACAACAACGUCUCGGUCCUCCAGGCUUGCAAACUUCUCGACCUGCUGGUUUGCGUUGCGCCAGACGACUUCCAACUUCACGAGUGGCUCUUUGUUACAGACACCAUCGACGCCGUGCAUAGGCCAUCGACAUACCAGCCUGUCGCGCUAGUGGACGAGCUGUCGGAGGAGCUGGGGUCCGUGGGCAUGUCCAGAGGCGCGCACUCGGCCCUUCAGCCGCUCGCCGAGUCGGCCCCCCACACGGCGACGGGCAGCUACAACAAGCGGACCCUGUUGGGCUCGGGUGGCAUAAGCGACGAAGUGGCUCUGGAGAGGCGCGAGGAGCUGAUCGCGAAGGUCCUGAGGCCCUUCUUCGGGCAGUUGAGCAUCUUCGCCUUCGAGGCGACCUAUGCCAUGGGGCCGCCAGAUUGGGAUCACUGCGUUCAGGGACUUUUGAAGGACAUAUUUGACGAGAGGAGCAUAGUCAAGGCGCUGUAGGCAGAGAUGAAAUAGCUGUAAGAGGGAUAUCAAACUGAUUAUGGGCUACUGAGCCGUGCGAAAACAAGAAGCCUGAGCGACCGAGGCGCAAAUUACGACUAGGUACUCAUGCCGACGC